GAGUGUGUCUUUUGUAACGUGUUGCCGUGAAUCCGGUGUUACGGUUUCACAGGCGCCUGUUAACUGGCGACUUUUCAGCCCAACGCGUCCGUUGUUGUCGUGGUUAAUACGGCCGUAACGAAGCUAGCGUUGCGUGUUCUCUUCCUAAAUAUACGUCUGUCUGUAACCACGACAACGACGGACGCGUUCGGUCCAAAGUCGCCAGUUAACACGGUCGCUUCUUAAACCGUAACACCGUUCCGCGUUACAGUUAGCUCCACGUGUGAGCAGCUGCACCUGGUGUUGAUGUGGGGACAAUCUCGCGUUACUUGUUGGAUCACGAACGCAGUUGUUAUUAAUGUAUUUCAGCUGUUGGUGCCGUUUAUUUAUAAACUAGUGUAACGGAGCGUUCUGGGUUCGUGUGUGAAGUGCCUUUACAAUAUGUUAAUAAACGGAGUCAAUGUAGCUUUUCCUUUAUUAUCUGUUCCCCCCUAGUCCAGUUACUUUUCUUCUCUACGGCAACCCCGAAGGGACACAUAUCAUCUCCAAUACAAAACACACAAGCCAGUCUGCUCAACACUAGCUUUACGCAGCGGAGCCAACGUGCAGCGAUGACUUUACAAUAUAACAGGAUACAUAUUAAAAAGACAGCAUAAUAGCAGCAUGGAUGUACAAUAUAAAUACAACACCAGUGACAGUGAAUUUGGGAUGUUAGUGUAGAAAGAAUGUGGCGAUAGUGCAGAUGGAUGUGUCUGAUUAAGUUUUCAUCAGAGUGAUGGCCAGUGGGAAGAAGCUGUUCUUGUGUCUGCUGGUUACACUAGCUUUGCGCUUUUCAGCGAUGACUCAGUGUAAACACGUGGUCACGGUUACAACAAGUGCACUAGAUCGUACGUGCAAUUUCAUGUUAUGGAUGUUUACAUAUUUAUUUCUAUCAUUUCGCCGACAGGUCGAUGGUGGUUCAGAGGUCAAGCCGCUGCAGGACUUUCUCCAGUGGUGCAAGAGAGUCGGCUUGGUGCUCAGCAGUAAGGUGUGUGUGAGUAAAGAGGGAACAGUGGCCGAGUACGGGAUGCUGGCUCUAGACGACAUAGAGGAGGGAGAGGUUGUAUUCACCAUCCCUAGAUCAGCUCUCCUCCACCAGGAAACAACCACGGUGUCUGCCGUGCUGGAGAAAGAGAGGUCUUCUCUGGAGAGCUCGUCUGGCUGGGUCCCCCUGCUGCUGGCUCUGCUGUAUGAGUAUACGUCUUCACAGUCCCAUUGGAAACCCUACCUCUCUCUGUGGACCGACUUCAAGACUCUGGACCACCCCAUGUUUUGGUCGAAAGAGGAGAGAGACAAACUACUGAGGGGAACAGGCAUCCCAGAGGCCGUGGACACAGACCUGGCUAACAUCCAGAGGGACUACACAGACCUGGUCCUUCCCUUCAUCGCCAAGCAUCUGGACCUGUGGAACCCCGACACGCACACACUGGAGCUGUACACGAAGCUGGUGGCCUUCGUCAUGGCCUACAGUUUCCAUGAGCCAGAGGAAGAGGAGGAUAGUGAAGACGAGGAAGAGGAGGAUGAUGAGAAGGAGGAGAAAGCCCCAAACCCACCGAUGAUGGUUCCCAUGGCCGACAUGCUGAACCACGUGUCCAAUCACAAUGCGAAUCUGGAGUUUACACCGGACAGUUUGAAGAUGAUUUGCGAGCGCCCGAUUCUCAAAGGCGAGGAGGUGUUUAACACCUACGGGCAGAUGGCCAACUGGCAGCUGCUGCACAUGUACGGCUUCACAGAGCCUUACCGGAGCAACGGCAAUGACACCGCUGACGUCCCCGUCGCCAUCCUCUACAAGGUCGCCAUGCAAGGUGUUCAGUCUGAUUCGGAGCGGCAGUUGAUGGAGGAGCAGUGUCAGAUGAUGCGAGAGAAAGGAUCCUUCGUCUUUGGCAAACAGGGCUGCCUCACAGACACAGAGCUACAAACUGCGCUCAAGAUGAUGUGCAUGUCAAAGGAGGAGUUCUCAGAGUUCAAGGAUAACGAAGGGUGGGAGGAAGAUGAGGAGGAUGAGAAUCCCCUCCCUUUCUCCAACGAGGACCUCCCCAGGUUGAAGGCAUCGUGGAAACGCCUCAUUCAUGAAGCAGCCCGUCUGACCGUGAGGUCCUACGGAGACGUGGAGGGGGGACAGGGUGUGAAGAGCGACCAGGCGCUGAUGGAGGACAAGGCAGCGUUUGAAGGACUGGGCAGCAGGAAGCAGAACGCCCUGCAGGUACGCUGCGGACAGAAGAGCAUCCUGCACCGACUGAUGGAGCUCACCCAAUCAUGACUCUGGCCCAGCAGUGAGGCCGACCACUGGAGCAGUUAUUUUUGUAUUAUUCUCAAUGGUGAAAAUAAAAUAUAAAUUGUUGCUUUUCCUGAA